AUGAGUGUGGACCCGCGACGGCCAACGCGCCAGGAUACUUUCGACCUGCGCGACCAGAUCCAUGCGGACGACAGCCAGAAUCUACACGCCCAUGCAGACGCGGCAUUGAACUACGGCACGGACGACGAGGAGCACUCAGUCCUCGAAGACGACUCUGAGGUCGACGAAGGCGAUGAGAUGUUUGAGGAAGACGUCUCUUCUACGCUUUCUAUUCCAAACGAAUCAAUCGACUUUGAUAUGGUGUAUGCUUUGCACAGUUUUGCCGCGACGGUGGAGGGGCAGGCGAAUGUCGUCAAGGGUGAUAGUUUGUAUCUCAUGGACGACAACAACAGCUAUUGGUGGCUGGUUCGAGUGCUCAAGACUCAAGAAGUCGGUUACAUUCCUGCAGAGAACAUCGAGACUCCCUUCGAACGUCUUGCCCGUUUGAACAAACACCGAAAUAUCGAGCUUGCUCUCCCCACUCAAGCUGAACAAGUUGAAAUUGGCAUCGGUGACAGGCGUAACAACGUACAGUUCCGCUCCGACACGAACUCCCCCACUGGAGGAGGCCGCGACAACAAUGCCAACAACAGGAGAAGCAUCCGCUUCAACUCCAUUCGCUACCACCACCGCUUUAUCCCGGGGCUCAAAGAAGGCGAAGUUGAGGACGAAGAUGACGAAUGGGACACUGAUGGAUUUGAGGAAGAAGAUCUAGAGGUGGUGCAAGACCAAAUGGAGGAAGACGAAUUCGCGUCGAUGUCGAUGGAUGUAGACGAUGGAAUGCACUGGGAUGACUCGACAGCCGAGGAUGUUCAAUUGAACCUACCCUCGGGCGCCGGUGGGGGUGCUCCAAUUCCAGAUGCAUUAAUGCCUGGGUCGAUGCGUGAGUAUCAGGAACAACAAAGGCUUCGUGCACAGCAACAGGAGCAGCUACAACUGCAAGAAGAACAGCUUGUUCGCCAGAAGAUGCAACAACAAAUGCAAUUACAGCAGCAGCAGCAACAACAGCAACAGCAACAGGCCAUGGCACAACAACAGGCUGCCCAACAAGCUGCCCUUGCUCAGCAAGCCGCUCAACAAGCUCAACAGCAACAGAGACAAAUGGAUUCUAACGCUGCAUCUGCGCAGGGUCCGCGCCGCAUCGACCCUGCAGAAGUCACUGAGACCCGCAAGAUGACUGCCACUCCGACCAUCGCUCGCGAUUCCGAGGACGGACGCACAGGGCAGUAUCUCCCCAGCAUUGUCGUCGAGGAGGAGCGCUCCAGGAGACUUCGUGACGACGAGUCGUCUCUUCUUUCCGAUGAAUCCUCGAAGAAGAAAUCUAAACCCAAGGAGAAGAUGGCCCCUCCCGUCAGCUCAGCCACAUACAACAAGCAGCAGGCUCAACAGCAGGCCCAGCAGCAGAAUGGGUCGAAGCUCCGCAAGGAGCCGUCCAUCAAGAGCGAGAAGACCGACACUGAGGAUGAAGGGAAGGACAAAAAGAAGAAGGGUGGAGUGUUUGGUGGCUUGUUUGGCCGGAAGAAUAAGGACAAGCCGAAAGACAAGAGUCCAUCGAUUGCCUCGGUGGAGAGCAACGAGUUUAGUGGCAGGGCCUCGUCGGAGUCGAGCCGAUCAAGCCAACGCCCUUCCGCGUCGGACGGCGGCAUUUCGCCCACAACGUCCGCCGCUCAGCAGCAACAGCAGGCUAUCAGCCUCCGGAAUACUGUGGCGGACAUGCGCGCCGGUUCAAACCAAGCCACCCCAUCGACUCCCGAGCGCUCCAACACCCCCCAGGUCUCCGAGCACGUCAACCAGCUAAGGCAGCGCGAUCAACAGCAAUAUACGUUGUACAAGGAGUAUCUCAAUCGAUCACCCUCAUCUCCGCCCGAGGCCCAGCCUUCGUACGGGCUGCAAUCGGCUUCAGCUGUGAUGCUCAGCUCGCCAUCCUCGAGCUCUGCAUUGGGUCCACCGACAACAAGGCCACGUCCAGGCUCGCUGAUUCUCACUAGCCCGUCUGCCAUCGAUGGCCAGGCAAAUCUGAGCGUUAUCCGCGUAUUUGCGGGCGAGAACCUACAAACCGAGGCGACGUUCAAGACUGUCCUCCUCAACCCGUCUACGACAUCAACCGAUCUUGUCCGGCAGGCUAUUCAGCGCUUCAGAUUACCCUCUGGCGAAGAUGUAGAUGAUUACUAUCUUACAGUCAAACAGGUUGAGGGUGGCGCGUCGACGGUGCUUCAGCCGGUCGAACACCCCCUGGUGGUCUUUGAGACCCUGCUCGAAUCUACAGAGUUGCCCAAAGUAAAGCGCAGCAGCGUCGGGAGCAUCAGCUCUAUAUCAAGCAACUUAUCCAUGCACCCCGCCAUCAAGAAGCUGCCCAUGAACGACUUCACAGACGACUCUGCCGUCAAGUUUUACUUGAACAGGAAGGGCGAUCAUCCAUUGGAUGACAUUCUCAACGGAGAGGACGGAGACGAAACGCUGACCAGCCCCGACCGCUCACAGGCGGAUUCCGACUUGCCACACAGUGGCAGCAAGUCGCAGUUCCUGACUGUAUCAACAGUGGGCGGCGCGAACGUCGCGCCAGAGCGGUUCACAUCGCCCGCGACGCGCUUCGCGAUGCAACUCGUCAUCUAUGCCGAGGACCUGCCCAAUGAUAUGGCGUUCCAUCCACAGACAGAGGCGAUUGUAUUCAAGAACACGCUGACCGACCCGAACGCGCCUGUGCUCGUCUCACCGAAUUUGAGGCGCAAGGUGUUUAUGUUCCCGAAGAAUGUGACAGUCGCAGAGGUAACGGAGAUCAGCCUGGAAAGGUUUGGAAUCCAGGAUGGGGUCAUUGAUGGGGGAGAUGAAGUUGAGGACAAGACGACGAAGCGUAGGAGUGGAGUCAGAGUCAGAUAUGGAUUGAUGAUUAGCAUCGAUGGUCAAGAACGCGAGUUAUCGCCGUCCAGCAAAGUAAUCGAUGCAUUCCCUCGCCCGCCGCAAUUCAAAGCGCCGAACAGUCAAAAUUCUGUGAGCAAACGCCGUUCACUGGACUCCACUCAGCUCCUUGGAUCGAUAGACGACAUCCGCCAGGAUGAUCCCGUCUUCGUCCUCCGCCGUUCCACAUCCUAUCGCAACUCCACCUCACGCAAACGCUUCUCUGCACCACUCGACGAAAUUGCACUGCAGCACCUGCACCGCGAGUCGACCUCAAGUUUCAACUCCGAGGCCGUUGCGCAGCUGGAAGAGAAAGACAGGGAACGGGAGGGCGGCAAGCUCAAGCAGCCGUCGCGGCAGGAGAUUAUAGCUGCGCAGCGCGCUGCCACACGCGCGACACAAAAGGCGAUCGUUUCCGCGUCGACCAAUUCCGUGCGCGGGAUGGACGUGUUGCUCCCUGGCAACGCGGUGCUCCGCAGCGCGCGAUACGAUACGGGCGACCGCAUGCGCUACUCGUACGUCGAACCCGACGGCGAGACAUAUGAUGUGAGUGAUAUCAUUGAAGAGGAGUGGCGCGAGAUGCACAACGGCGGUGGUGGUGGCGGGAAUAAUAACAAGAACGACCUACUUGAGGGCGUGUUCAUCCGCAACAAGGACGGGAUUGGGGAGAAGCUUGACAGGGUGCUGCAUAAGAUUCGCAAGGGCAAGGGCCGCGACCGGGGCAGCAGGGACUACGCGUCGCUGUCGAGCGUGAGUGCGGAUAGCCGACCUUUGUCGACGUUGUCGGCUACACUCUCGACGUCAGAAUAUUCCGUGGACGACGGUGAGAAUCCUUCGCGCUCGGUAACGCCAGGCUCUGCGGCGCUCGCUGGCAAAAUGAAUAUGGAGAAGCGCGAGCCGACCGAGCAGGAAAGUCUCGCGCGCUCCACGCCUGUUGCUAAUGCCAGCCCCGAACAGCAGAGGGCGGCUAGUCGACCCGGGACAACGACACCGACUGGCGUGCGGACGAGCCCGACGCCCACUGCGAACAUCAACGCAAACAACCGGCGCAACCCAUCCAUCGCCUCAAUCAUGUCGGUCAAUUCUGGAGGACGGUCUACACCCGUUCAAUCUCAGUCAAGCUUGUCGCGCGUAGAGGAGGAGAAUAGUAAAUCCCGAAGCACGCCCUCUAGCACGCGUUCGCAGCAGCAACAGCGACGCAUCGUGAUACCCAAAGACGACUUUGGUCUGACGCAGAUGAUGUCGAUUAUUGAGUACAAGGCGUCCGUGCCCAGUAAGCCGACCCCGCGCCCACACCCUGUGGAUGAGUUGCUGUUUGGCACGCCGCUGGAUUUGCAGGCGCUGCACCCCUCGGUAAGGGAUAUAUAUGCGGAUGGGUUCAAGCAUCUCGAAGAGAUUGACAAGGUUCUGGAUAGUUAUAUUGGGAGGUCUGUCGUGGGCGCUUUCUAA